AUUCGACUCUCUCCUCGCUACACGACACAGCUCUUCAUACCCGGCCGAAUGGCCUAUCUCGGUUCUCCUGCAGCAAAUCAGCCUGCUACCGAUUUCGCAAAUAUCCACCAACCCGCCGUCCCCUCACAACCUCUCGACGACACCCCUGCCGCCACCAUGGAUCAAGAAACCUCCAUCACCCAGAAGAUGCUGUCUGCCGUCUCUGGCAGCAUCCUGACCUCAUUANNCUUGGUGUUCACCCCUCUCGACGUUGUGCGCGUUCGACUACAAGCUCAAUCCGGUCCGUCNUCCCUCAAUGCUUCUGCCCAGCCUUCCUUCGCACGGCUCCCUCCCAACCUCGGCAUCUCCGCCUGCUGUAGAGAAAUCUACUACGUCCCCAAUCAGAGCCCGUACUGCAUGGCCUCGUCUGCUGGUCUUACUGUCGACCAAAUGCUUAUAUCUCAAUGUGCGGCAGAAGAGACUGAGCGAAGAACCUUCAAUUCAACCAUUGAUGGCUUGAAAAAGAUUGCGCGGAACGAAGGUCUCACAACCCUGUGGCGUGGCUUGAGUCCCACCCUGCUCAUGUCCGUCCCUGCCAAUGUCAUCUACUUUGCUGGCUACGAUUGGUUGCGCGCAAAUCCGAAUAGUCCCAUGAAGGAUCGCGUAUCCGACAACUACGCUCCGCUCUUUGCUGGUUCGAGCGCCAGAAUACUAGCCGCCAUCGUCGUCAGCCCCGUCGAAAUGUUCCGUACACGCAUGCAAGCCAGCCACCCCGAGGCUGCCACUCCGACUGGUGUGUUCAGAGACACGUUAUCCGGUGUUCAAGAUAUGGUUAAAGCAGAUGGAUACCGCGCUCUAUGGAGAGGUCUUGGUCUUACACUCUGGCGAGAUGUGCCCUUCUCUGCCUUGUACUGGUGGGGCUAUGAAUACGGCCGACAGACAUUGCACAAUGCAAGAGAAGGUCCUGCUUCCCAUGAACCAACAGGCAGCUUGAAGAACCGCGCUGUGAGCGAGCUCGACCACAAAACAGUCCUGGUCGACAGUUUCAUCGCUGGCGCAAGUGCUGGAGCCGUCGCUGCUUUCGUUACCACUCCCUUCGACGUUGGUAAGACCCGCCAACAAGUCGCUCGCCAUUCCGCCGAUUCUGCAUCCUCCGCUGUCGCUGGAGUCCGUCCCGAGGACAAGCUCAUGCCGCGAUUCUUGUGGCACAUCUACAAGACUGAAGGUGCUGCCGGCUUGUUCAAGGGAUGGGCUGCUCGCACGAUGAAGGUCGCACCCGCCUGCGCCAUCAUGAUUAGCAGUUACGAAAUUGGCAAGAAGAUGGCUGGCAGCAUGAAUGAAAAGGCUGUCAAGGAGUCAUCAUCAUCAUCAUCAUCAUCAUAG